UUCUGUGCGUCUCAUCUCAAGAGGUAGCCAGCCCAGCAGUUUGGCCGGCCAUGGCGAGCCUCCUCUCCCUCGUGCUGCUCCUCGCGCUUCUCGACACGUCGCGUGCCACCAACUUCGAGGUCGGCGGGGACGCCGAGUGGGUCCUGCCGCAGGCCGGCGAUUCCAACACCUACAACCAUUGGGCGUCCAAGAAGCACUUCCACGUCGGCGACAUCGUCCAUUUCAAGUACAAUCAGGACUCGGUAAUGGUGGUGACGGAGGCGGGCUACAACAAGUGCGAGUCGUCGCACCCCAUCUUCUUCUCCAACAACGGCAAUACCGAGGUGCGCCUGGACCGCCCCGGCCCCUUCUACUUCAUCAGCGGUGUCGCCGGCCACUGCCAGGUCGGGCAGAAGCUGGUCAUCCAUGUCGCCGGCAAGGACACGCCACCGUCGGGGCCCCCCAGCGGCGCCGCGCCGGCCGGCUUUGGAACCGCCGGCGCCAUUGUUGUCUUCAUGGCGGUGAUCUUGCAUGUUCUUGUUAUGCGCGGUAUUUGAGAUGAUUAAUUAGCUAGGUUGGACGAAACAUCGUCUAUAUAAUGUUUUUGGUGCUUCAUAUUAACUUCAUGGUUUUACCAUCAUUCCAUGUAUUAUCGGUUCUCGGUUGUUCAAUUUAGUUACAGUACGAUGGAAUGUACACAAAACCAUAAGGAGGCUAAUGAAAUGAGUGCAAAUUUUCGGGAAUGACUGAAUUU